AUGAUCAAGCCCGAAAACUCGGGUCCCAAGCUCAACACUUCGGAAUGGCCCUUGCUGCUCAAGAACUACGACAAGCUGCUUGUUCGCAGCUCUCACUUUACGCCCAUCCCCCACGGCUGCUCGCCGCUCAAGCGUGACCUGCAGAGCUACGUCAAGUCUGGUGUCAUCAACCUCGACAAGCCCUCCAACCCUUCAUCGCACGAAGUUGUUUCGUGGCUGCGUCGCAUUCUCCGUGUCGAAAAGACCGGCCACAGUGGUACUCUCGACCCCAAGGUGACGGGAUGCUUGAUUGUCUGCAUCGACCGUGCGACCCGUCUGGUCAAGUCGCAGCAGGGUGCCGGUAAGGAGUAUGUUGCUGUGCUUCGACUCCACGACAAGCUCGAGGACGCCAAGAAGCUUCCUCGCGCCAUCGAGACCUUGACCGGCUCGCUCUUCCAGCGCCCACCUCUCAUUUCGGCCGUCAAGCGUCAGCUGCGUAUCCGAACCAUCUACGAGUCCAAGCUGAUUGAGUUUGACAACGACCGCCACCUCGCCGUCUUCUGGGUCAGCUGCGAAGCCGGAACCUACAUCCGAACCCUCUGCGUUCACCUCGGUCUCUUGCUCGGUGUUGGUGGUCACAUGCAGGAGCUCCGCCGUGUGCGCUCCGGUGCUCUGUCGGAGAGCGAUUCGAUUGUCAGCAUGCACGAUGUGCUCGAUGCUCAGUGGCUCUACGACAACCAGCGCGACGAGUCCUACCUUCGCCGCGUCAUCCGCCCUCUCGAGUCACUGCUCACCGGCUACAAGCGCAUCGUCGUCAAGGAUUCGGCCGUCAAUGCCGUCUGCUAUGGCGCCAAGCUCAUGAUUCCCGGUCUGCUGCGAUACGAGAAGGACAUUGAGGUGCACGAGGAGGUCGUGCUCAUGACCACAAAGGGUGAAGCCAUCGCGCUCGCCAUCGCACAGAUGUCCACCGUCGAUCUCUCCACGUGCGACCAUGGCGUGGUUGCCAAGGUCAAGCGUUGCAUCAUGGAGCGCGACACCUACCCACGACGAUGGGGUCUCGGCCCCAAGGCGCAGGAGAAGAAGGCUAUGAUCAAGACCGGCAAGCUCGACAAGCACGGCAAGGCCAUCAACGGCGUCACACCGGACAAGUGGAACAAGGAGUACGUCGACUACUCUGAUGCUGCUGCUACUCCUGCUACUGCUACUUCGGAUGCCGAUCAGGUCGCUGCUGCCGCUGCCGUUGUCGCACCCGUCACACCCAAGAAGGACGACAGCGACAGCAAGAAGCGAAAACUCGAAGAGACGCCAGGAGCCGCAACAGACGGCGAGACCGAAGAGGAGCGCAAGAAGCGCAAGAAGGAGAAGAAGGAAAAGAAGGCUGCCGAGGCCGCCGCGGCAGGUAUCGAGACGCCCAAGUCGGAAAAGAAGAAGAAGGACAAGAAGGAAAAGAAGGACAAGUGA